AUGGUUCGCAGGCUCUUCAGCCUGGAAUCCUCCGGAAUCUCGCAGUACAUCGCUCAGUUGAUCGAGGACGCCGGCAUGGUCGCCAGGCUCGCUGCCGUUUUUGCCACAGUCAGUUCUCCGACUGACGCCAUCGGGUCAAUCCGGUUUUUGCAGAUGCUUGUUUUAGCAGAUGGCGAGGAUGUGCGACCUAGAAACGCCAAAGAGGCUGCCGAGAGAGAGGACAGACGAUGGGCGCGAAUGGAGGCUUUGGUCAGCUUGUUGCCGCCGUUCUUCGAACAAUACGGAGAGUUCAGCGCAGGAGCAAUCGACCGAGGAGACGUUUCCUUGCUUGCAGCAGUCUCAAGCCUACGUUGGGCGCUCAUCAUAGCUAUGGGGCGGUUAUCGGAUCAUUCAGACAGAAACGCUGGUCGCUUCUCGCAGUCCAGACUGCAGUGGCUGUUUGCGCUGCUACAGAGCAUAGAGGCCCUUCGCAUGCCGGCCAUUUCUGUGGACGACCACGACGACAUGGAUGCCCUUUUUGCGUCCCCAAGCGACGCUCGAAUCGAACUGGCAUACCGCAACGCUUUUACUCUUUUGGAUGGUGCGAGCCGUUGUGGCUGGCGUGAUGGCUGGAAGGAUGCAGACUCGGGAUACCUCCCGAAGAAUACGCCAUCUAUGUGGGAAUGGCCACGAGCACUCCGCGCGGCCCCUCCCACUCCAAAACCCGCCGCCACUCAGCCACUGCGAGACCUAUUCAAUCAAGAACUGGUCAAAGCGUCGCUGGAGGUCGGUCCCGGAUUGGCCGUUCAUGACGGCCGGAGCUUGGAUACACUCGCAAUGAGCGCACUACACGACCUGGCGAGCUUCGCCGAUAUCCGUGCGCCGCUCCCGUCCGGGCCGCCCGUUCCGCUCUCCCCUCCUGCGUCUACAUCUCUAAUGGGCGCUCUGCUCCCGCCCGCAACUCCGUCUGCGUCAGGUUACGAACCGGCGCCAGAGCAUACAUAUGAGCUUACGCCUGCACCCGAGCUCUCCCUGACGUCCGAACCCGUUCCCGAGGCUGGAAGUGACUCAGGUUCACCCACUGGGCCGACAGAAUCCGAGGCGUAUUACCGCAAUUCACAUGAUGUCUCCUCCCAGCUCUCUCAUUCGAGUAGUGCCAAAGAUGAAUCUGGCCCGCUUCUCAAUGCGUCCCGAGAGAAGGAGUGGGAGGGUCAGGACAGAGCACAUAUGAGAGCGCACGCCUCGGGUUAA